AUGUCUAAGAUGUGGUCUGCAAACACCAAAAUCCGUCUUCCUUAUCCUUUCUUGACAACGUUCUGUCUUGUCCCAUCACAUGACGCCCAAAACAAUGAGGUGUUUCAGCUGAGCAAGGAAGAAGGCUUUGCGGGCGAAGCUUCUCUGCCCGUAGAACUCCAUGAUGACAACAUUCAAUUCACGAGACCGAGCGUUGUAACCUCAACUGGUCUUCCUGCGAUCACUGCUUUGCGCCAACAACGACCCCAACAGGGUCCAUUAAGCAUAUGUUCAUGGGAUAGUACCGGAGUCAUCACCGUCAACCAUAUUUGGUUGAUACUCUACACGAUAUUUACCAUCGAGCCCGAGUUGGAGACAUUUCGACUACAACUAUAUGGACCCGGUAGCGAUGCCAUAAGUGAGGACUUGCGUCUCUCGAUGGUGGCCCUCAACUCAGACGGGUGUUCUGUGGUUUUCCGCAGCAGUUUUUGGCAGGGAUGCGCCUCACCGCUGAGCUCUCGUUCGAUUUGGACAUCCUCCGCAAACAAUACCGUGCCACAUUUACACUACGUCACCACAUCUACAGCAACAAUACGUCGCAGCCACCCACUUCGUCCUCCAAAAUCUACAUCAGGCUCGAUCGCUUACAGUCGAUACAUCCCCAGUUUGGACAAAGUCUUUUCCCUGGUUAUCAUUGAUCAUCAGGACCCGACCCAUGUCGAAUUCUUCCACCAGUCAAGGAGAACGUCUUCUCCAGCCAGUGACUUAGGUAUGCAGGGAGACUCCCUCGAGGAGGACUACGAAUAUCUUCGCAGAAAAAAUGAAGACGCACAUACAAUUGGUCUACUAGGCCAGUUUGAUGGGACAUUAUUUGGAUACUUUGAGGUAUUCUGGGCCAAGGAGGAUCCUCUAGGUGUGGCCAGCGACGCUAGUGAUUUUGAUCGUGGACUGAAUGCUUCAAUUGGAUACUCUUCCUUUAAGUCACGGCGCUGGCUGCAAGCCUGCUGGUCGAGCUUACUCCAUUACAUUUUCCUUGAUGAGCAUCGAACGGAGAAUAUCAUCGGUAAUGGAGUGUGGGGGCAUGAGCUACUGGGUGAUGCUUCAUUUGAGUUGCUGGAGGAUGAGAUGGUGCAAUUGCCGCAUCAGCGGAUACAUCUUACAAGAUAUUCACGUGAAUUGUUCUUCUCUCUCUGUCCAUUUGAUGGGGCUCUGGAGGACGUUAACCUGCAGCUACCCUCUCGCUUAUAG